UUAUCUCUCAGACUUGAAGAAGAAGAAAAAGGGGUUUUAGCAAGCGGACAGACUGAGCAAGGAAUUUCCAAAAUCAUGGCGACCGAACAGUCGAUUUUGGCCGUGAUACGGGCGGCGCGACCUUCAUUCCGGAACCGCCACGACAAAGCGGCGUUCGCCGUUCACUCCGCGUUUGUUGCCGCCGGUUAUGUUCUUCACGCUACCGGCUCUUCUGCUUUCGCCGACGAUGUUCUCUCGUCCUCCUCGACCGAUGAAGUGGGGAUGGACGGUUGGAACGAAUUUGAAGAUAAUUAUGCAUUCCUGUACUCUUAUCCUGACAAAAAUUCAAAGAAAGUGCUGGUGAAGUGUCUCGUAAUGAACGAAAUAUUGCUUGUUGAUGCUUUGAGGAAUGGUGAUUUGGAGUCUCUACAUCUCGAAAUCGAGGUUGAAGAACAUGUUGAAGAUAAACCGGAGACAAGUUAUGCUUCGCAGUUCAAGAAUUUGGGUAAGCUGGUAACGGAUGUUAAUAGACAGAUUUUGGAUAAACUGAGUGCUGCUUCGACCUCGAAGAAGUCUUCAAGUCAACCCUCGAGUUCUGCGACAAAUUUAAGAGAAGAUAGGCCAAGACUUGGCGUCGAUAACCCUGAAAAUCCAUAUACUCCAGCUCCUGGAUAUGUUGUUCCUCUGGUACCUGGUUUUGGUGGCAGUGAUCUCUUUCCUGGGCCUGGAGCUGGAAUGUAUCCUACCAGGGGUGAUUUUGGCGGUGGAAGCAUGCUAGUGGGUCCUAACAAUCCAAUUUUCUUCGGAGGUGGAGCUCCUGAACCUGGCUUGCCUGGAGGUCUACAGGGUGUGCCACCUGGCGCUCGAUUUGAUCCAUAUGGACCUCCUGGAGUACCUGGUUUCGAACCGGGUCGAUUUGUGAGAAAUCCACGGAGGCCUGGGCAAGGAGGACCGCAUCCAGAUUUGCACCACUUUCACGGCGACGCUGAUUUCAUAUAGAGAAACUGACCCUCUUUAGAGAGAAUCUUAUUGCUACCUUGCUUUUGGUGUUCUGCUCGUUUCUUGAUCAACGGAUGCAGGGAGAGUGUAUAAAUAAAUGUGUUUUUUUUCUCGUUUCUUUUUGUUAGAGUUUGUGGACUUAUUUACAAAAUAAUAGUUUAGUACUUCUGCACCUAACUUUGUUGCACUGGUUAGCAAAUUUGUUUCCGUUUAUUAACAGUAAGCUUCGUAUAAAGGCUAUUAUUCGUCUUAGACUUAUUUCAAAUUAAUGUGUUAAUGUUUGUAUAUUAGGUAUAAAA